AUGAAGUUCCUCGCUAUUGGUGCACUUCUUCUUAGCACCGUUGGUGCGAUGGCCACUGAGCACAUCAUUAAGGGUGCCAGCAUCAUUCCUGCUAAGGAUAAAGGCGCACUGAAGAAGAUUGGUGCCCAUGGUCAAAAGUAUCCUGAUCGCCGGACUGUCACAAUUCGUCCUUCCAAGAGUGACACAGAUGAUAUCGCCGACGACUUCCUCUGGGGUAUGAAGGCUGCCAACCACGGUGGUAGACUGGUGUUGCAGAAGGGAAAGAAAUAUGUCAUUGGCAAGAAGCUCGAUCUCAGCUUUUUGGAUAACAUCGAGGUGCAACUCGAGGGUGAAUUGAAGUUCACCGAUGACAUUGACUACUGGCAAAAGAACAACUUCUACUAUGCCUUCCAAAAGUCGAUCACUUUCUGGGUCUGGGGUGGACAAGACAUCAAGAUCUUUGGCAGGGGUACUUUGAACGGCAACGGUCAGGCAUGGUACAACGGCUUCGCUGGAAGGGAAAUUCUUGACUCGACCAAUACCUACUACCGUCCGAUUCUCUUUUUGACCGAUAAUGCUACCCGAGUCAGCGUUGAGGGUAUCACCCAACUCAACUCUCCCUGCUGGACCAACUUCUUCGUUCGCUCCAACGAUGUUUCUUUCGAUGAUGUCUUCAUCAACGCAUUUUCCACCAAUGCCUCCGCCCUCCCCAAGAACACUGAUGGAUUCGACUCUUUGAACGUGGAUGGUCUCAGUGUGACCAACACCCGCGUCGACAUUGGCGACGACUGCUUCUCGCCCAAGCCAAACACCACCAACAUCUUCGUGCAGAACCUGUGGUGCAACAACACUCACGGUGUCAGCAUGGGAAGUAUCGGACAGUACUCCGGUGUCGAGGAUCUCAUCGAGCACGCUUGGAUUGAGAAUGUGACCCUCUUGAACGGCCAGAACGGAGCUCGCAUCAAGGCCUGGGCCGGUCCCGAUGUUGGUUUCGGCCGCAUCAACAACAUCACCUACAAGGACAUUCACAUCGAGAACACCGAUGCCCCUAUCGUCCUUGACCAGUGCUACUUCAACAUCAACAGCACCACCUGUGCCCAGUACCCAUCCGCUGUCAACUUCACCAACAUCAAGUUCGAGAACAUCUACGGUACUUCAUCUGGCAAGAAUGGAAAGGUUGUCGCUGAUCUGACCUGCUCGCCCGACGGGGUGUGCUCGGGCAUCUCUCUUUCCGACAUCGAUAUUGCUAGCCCCUCCGGCUCUCCCUCUGUGAUUGUUUGCGAUGGUAUCGAUGGUGAUGUUGGUGUUGAGUGCCAGUCGAGCUCAUCUUAG